GCCCUGUGUUGCCCCCCUCCCUUAUCUGAUAAGGCGGGGAACCGGUAAGGCGGCACGGUCACCCACGGUGAGACAAGGAGAGAUUCAUCAGAAGACCGGGCCUUUUGUGGACGGUCUCAGUCCCGCUGAGACGAUGCUACAAUGAGCAGCUUCUUAGAUUACUCUGUGAUGAGCGGCGACGGCGGGUCCUGCUCAGUCAGGGCUUUCCACUCCGACCACGGAAUUACUACAUUCCAGUCCUGCGCAGUCACCGUGAACAACUGUGGGACGGAUGAGCGCUUCAUGCCUAGUAGGGAUUCCCCGGAUGGCAUCCCUCACCAGACGGGGUCCUACCAGACUUCUACUGGCUCUCUGGGUUUAACCUAUGGGGCCCAUCCGGCCUGCGCCUCGGGCUAUGGACCCCAGGGCUUCUGUACCACCUACAACCAUUACGCACUGAACCAGGAAGUGGAGUCGGCCACGGGGUUCCCCCAGUGCGCCCCAUUAAUGUACUCCGGCAACAUUUCCUCGUCCAUGGUACCGCAGCAUCGCCAAGGUUACGGUGGCGCUCCCCUGGGUCAGCUCCAGUACGCUCACGCCACCUACGGUGGCGGGCAUGAGCAGGCGAACCUGCCUCCUUUCUCUGGGUGCUCAAACCCGCUGUCACCCCUGCACGCGGCCCACCUUGACACGUGCUGCUCGCCCCUGUCCUCCGAGAGCGCCUCCAACGCACAGACCUUCGAUUGGAUGAAAGUGAAGAGGAACCCGCCCAAGACAGGCAGAUCAGGGGAGUAUGGCUAUGGGGGGCAGCCCAACACCGUCCGGACCAACUUCACCACCAAACAACUGACCGAGCUUGAGAAGGAGUUCCACUUCAACAAGUACUUGACCCGCGCGCGGCGCGUGGAGAUCGCCGCAGCGCUUCAGCUGAACGAGACUCAGGUCAAAAUCUGGUUCCAGAACCGCCGGAUGAAACAGAAGAAGCGCGAGAAGGAAUGCCUGCUUCCCACCAAUGCCGCCGUGUCAGACCCGAGGGAUAGCUGCCCGGAAAAAGCAGCCGGAUCUGAGAAGUCCCUCUCCGCCCCCUCCACCCCAUCUCCAGCCUCUUCAACAGUGUCCUCUGGAGUUGACCCAUACUCCUCCAGCUAAAGAACCCUUGCCGCGUGGCAAUGGUAUACAUAUACCAAAGAUAAUAUACAAGUCCUAACUCGGAUAGGUUCAAUUAAUUUGAACAGGGUAAAUAUAAAAAUGUAUGCACUACUUGGGGGAUACUGAGACGGUGACAUUGGGCUAUUGUCCUGGCUACGUGGUUAAUCUAUGGUGUUGUAAUUUGUGGUUUAAACAGGGUAAAAUAUCUGACCAGUUUAUGGAGUUGUGAGUUCAAAUCUGUCAGAUUUCUAUUCCAAUUGUACAUUAAUGUGUAGAGUAAUCAUAGUGCACAUGGGAUACUUUCCCAAGUCAAACGCUGCAGAGUGUACCUUUGUUCCAUCACGAGCUGGAUUUAUAGCCUACACAAGCUGCACAACGAAACAAAUACCUCAUGUGUGCCAAAUUGAUUCAUUAAACAGUGCAGCACUACUGACACAGACAGUUUGCACUAGAAGUUGUUUUUUACGCACAAUCAGCGAGGAGAACCCUUAUGUGUGGAAUCACUGCUGGCACAUUCUUAGAAUACCUCCUGAAUCAUUUUCAAACCUGUGUUUCCGGCCUGUGUUUGUACUAUCCUAGUGUCGCGAGUGUCAAUCUGAAUGUAUUGUGUGAGGUUUGCAUGAUACGCCAAGCUUUCAUGUAGCCUAUACUUGAUUGGACACUGAGUUUUAUCAGUUUGGAGACCGAUGAUGACAUAUGUCUUAUAAGGCUUGUCUGUUACUAUUUAUUCGAGCAGAGCACAUGUAAAGUGUUUUCCAGCGCGAUGUUUACGGGUCAAAAUAUGUGUA